AUGCCUGUGCCACCACCACCGCCUCCUCCUCCUCCACCGCCUCCACCACCUUCUGGAGGGCCCCUUCCACCACCACCUCUGGCAAGUUCAGAGGUACCGAAAUUGCGAAAGGAAGACCAAAAAGCACGAAACGCCCUCUUGGCUGAUAUCCAGCAGGGGACUCGCUUAAGAAAAGUGACUCAAAUCAAUGACCGCAGCGCACCACAGAUUGAGAAACCCAAAGGAAGUAACAGAGAUGGAGUUAGUCCAGCCAUUAAUAAAGGUGGCUCUCAGCCACCCCUGGGAGGCUUGUUUGCUGGGGGCUUUCCUGUUCUCAGACCAGCAGGCCAGAGGGACGUGCCAGCUGGAAAGCCUGGGCAGCUUCCUGCAGUCCGAGCGGCAGCUCCCAAGACCUCCACCCCACCAAACAGCAGCAGCAGCAGCAGCAGCGCUGCGAAGGCGAGCAGUAACCCCUCGCACCCCGCUGAACGCCCAAGGGCACCUGUCCCACCAGAGCCACCCAAAAAAAGGGGGCGCCCCGCCCUGCCAGCCCCUCCUCCCCCUCCCCCAGCUUCCAGCAAACCUUCCCUCACUUUCCCUCCUCCUCCUCCUCUCCCCCCUCCAGCUGAGCGCCCUCCCAAGGGGGUGUCCCCCAACACUGCUCCUCCGCUCCCUCCUCAGGCUGACAAACUCACCAAGUUUCAACCUGGUGCUUCACACCCACCACCU